UUGAACCUGAUCAAAAUACGCCAGGCGACGAAAUAAAGUUUCCAUUCUGUGAGCCUUGCAAGGAAUCAAAAACAGAUAUCAAAGCUUCGAGGUAUUGCAAAGAAUGUGAUGAGUACCUUUGCGAAGAAUGCACGGGUAAUCAUCAAACACAGAAGAUGACAAAAGGACAUGAUACAAUCGAUGUUAUUGAAAAGUUGAAGGGCGACAUAAUUUAUUGCGAACCAUGUAAAGAAAGAAACCCCGAAAAGACUGCCCAGAUGUUUUGUCCGACUUGUGAGGAAUACCUUUGCAACGAUUGUGUUGAAACUCACAAAAAAAUGAAAAUGACAAAAACCCACUUGCCCCUCCCAAAAGAGGUUGUUAAAGAACAAUCCAAGCUGUCCGACGAAGCAUUUAUAGAGUGUGAACCUUGUCACCUGGGAAAUAGACGACAACGAGCCAUGAAAUAUUGCCAUGAAUGCAACGAGUAUCUCUGCGCAAAUUGUGUCAUUCUCCAUAAGAGCACAAAAAUAACAAAACAGCACAUACCAGAAUCCAUUGAAAAUCUUCGAAAAGGGCUAUCAUCAAACAAACGCUUUUGUAAUCCUUGCUCUAGUGAGAGCAAAGAGGAGGCAGCAAUGUUUUGUAUGACAUGCGAAGAAUAUCUCUGCGAAACCUGCGUCGCUUACCACAGAAAGCAAAAGGCAACAAAGGACCACGCACUGUCAACAGAUUUAAGCAUCGGAGAUACAGAUGAAGACAAAGAUAUCCCCUGUGACGUUUGCAAGAUUACAAAGACCUUUGCACCAUCUGAAAACUUUUGCGCCGACUGCGAGGAACAUCUUUGUAAACCAUGCACAGAAUUUCACCUGAAAAGGAAGAUUACAAAAGAUCACCAGAUAACUAAGAACGAAGACCGUAAGAUAUCAAAUGCCAUAAACUGCACUGUAUGCCAAGAUGCCGGGUGUAGUUCCACAGCACUUUCAUACUGUAGUGACUGUAUUGAAUAUAUUUGCGAAAAAUGCAAGGAUGUGCAUCAAAGGAAUAAAUUGACGAAAGUUCACCAUUUGGUCACAAGGGAAGAAAUGAAAAAAACGUCGUGUCAGACUUGUGAAAAGUUUGAGGCUGUGGCUUAUUGCAUGAAAUGUGAAGAAAUGAUUUGUUGGCUGUGCAGAAUGAAGCAUAAUAAUACGAAGAUAUUCAAGAACCACGAGCUGGCUCCAGUUACCCAAGGCUAUCACGAUGAAACCAAUUUAUUUUGCGAACUAUGUGAAGAAAGGGACAUAAAAGAAAAGGCCAGCGCCUUCUGCCUUGACUGCGACCGCACACUCCUUUGCUCAAAAUGCGUGAAGAAACACAAAGCUAGAAGGACUACACAGAGCCAUAAUGUGGUUAUGGACUUGGAGAAACUAAAGGAAGAUGGAGAAAAUAAAGAUGAAGCUAAGCGACCAGCCCGAGCACACACUAUAUAACAGAACCCAAGCGUCGCCGAAAG